AUGGCGCCGGGGGCGGCGCGGAGGGCCCGGCGCCGGGCUCGGGGCGCGCCGCGGGCCCGCUCGGCCGAGGACUGGUGGUGGGACCGCCUGGCGCCCAGCGGCUCCGGCUACCACCUGCUGCAGGCGGACAGCGUGCUGCUGGUGCUGCCCGGCCCGGAGCCCGCCCGCCCGCGCGCCCGCGCCCGCGCCCGCGCCCGCGCGCCCCGCCGCGCCCCGCGCCCGCCGCUGCCCCGCGCCCGCGCCCGCGCCCGCGCCGCCCCGUCCGCGCCGGCCCCGGGCCCCGACCCCGGCUGGGGCGACCGCCUCCCCUUGGAAAUCCUCGUGCGCAUUUUCGGGCUGCUGGUGGCGGCCGACGGGCCCGCGCCCUUCCUCGGCAGGGCAGCGCGCGUGUGCCGCCGCUGGCGCGAGGCCGCCGCCCAGCCCGCGCUCUGGCACACGGUCACCCUGUCGCCCUCGCCGGCCGGCCGCCCCGCCAAGGCGGGGGGCAAGGCGGAGAAGCAGCUCCUGGCGUCCCUGGAGUGGCUGGUGCCCAGCCGGCUCUCGCAGCUCCAGAGGCUGACCCUCCUCCACUGGAAGGCACAGGUACCCGCGGUGCUGAAGUUGGUCAGCGAGUUCUGCCCCCGGCUCAGCUUCCUGAAGCUCUCCGACUGCCACGGUGUGGGCCCUGCCGUGCUGGUCUCGCUCGCCAGAGCCUGUCCACAGCUCCACAGCCUGGACAUACAACACUCCACGGUGGAGGCCACGGGCGUUGUGAGCUUUCUGGAGGAGGUGGGGCCCCGGAUGCGCAGACUGUGGCUGACCUAUGGCCCCCAGACCACAGCCAUCCUGGGCGCCCUGCUGGGCAGCUGCUGCCCCCAGCUCCAGCUCCUGGAGGUGAGCUCCGGCAUCAGCGGCCACAGCACGCCGCUCCAGCUGCCCGUGGAGGCCCUGCAGAAAGGCUGUCCCCAGCUGCAGGUGCUGCGGUUGCUGAACCUGAUGUGGCUGCCCAAGCCCCCUGGGAGGGGGGCGCUGGGCCCCGGCUUCCCCGGCCUGGAGGAGCUCUGCCUCGCCAGCUCCAGCUGCAGCGUCGUGAGCAACGAGGUCCUGGCCCGCCUGCUGCACAGCUCCCCGCGCCUUCGCCUGCUAGACCUCCGCGGCUGCACCCGCGUCACACCCGCCGGCCUGCACGACCUGCCCUGUCAGGAGCUGGAGCAGCUCCACCUGGGCCUGUACGGCGCAUCAGACGGGCUAUCGCUGGCCAAGGAGGGCAGCCCCCUGCUCACCCACAGGUGGUGCCACAGCCUGCGGGAGCUGGACCUGAGUGGCCAGGGCUUCAGCGAGAAGGACCUGGAGCAGGCCCUUGCUGCCUUCUCGGGCACCACGGGCGGUGCCCACCCGGCCCUGUGCUCCCUCAGCCUCAGGGGCACCCGGGUCACACCGAGUGCCGUCAGCGCGGUCAUCAGCUGCUGCCCGGGCCUGAGCUACCUGAACCUGGAGGCCUGCCGCUGCCUGCCGCGCGGCCUGAAGAGGGCCCACCGCGGCGCCGAGGCCGUGCGCGCCUGCCUGCAGCGGCUCCUCGCCGGCCCCGCGUCCCCCAGCUAG